CCGCCAUACCAAGCCGCCGCCAUGCAUUUUCCCGCCUGGUUAACAGUGUUGCUCCCCAUUAUCCCUGGUGCACUAGCUGUGUCCCCUGUACAGCGUCUUCGAAGCACCCGGCCUCACGUCUUCGCCGAUAGCCACGAGAGAAGGAACGCUAUCGAGAGGCGGAACACAGACUUCUUUACGCCCAAGUUCUCCAACCCCAAGGCAGCGACAUUCCAUGUCAACUCUUCUGCCCUGCCUCUAGUCACCUUUCCCUUGCAAGAUUCUUGGGCUGGUCGUUUGCCCAUCACUAACAAUACUAAAGAAGAACGCCAACUGUUCUUCUGGUACUGGCCAUCAGACCAGAGCACGGAAAGUGACAUCCUCACCAUUUGGCUCAACGGCGGUCCAGGAUGCAGCUCCUUGGGAGGCUUUUUGCAGGAAAAUGGGCCAAUCUCAUUCCAGCCCGGCAUGACGGCUCCGCAAGCCAACCCUUAUGCUUGGACCUCCGCGUCCGAUGUUGUCUGGAUUGAACAGCCUGUUGGCACGGGUUUCACCACUGGGACGCCCGAUAUCCACAACGAGUCUGAGCUUUCAGACGAGUUCUAUGGAUUUUUACAACAGUUUUAUACCGUCUUCCCUGAACUCGCAGCGAAGAAGCUCUUCAUUACAGGAGAGAGCUAUGCUGGCUUUUACAUUCCCUACAUUGCCACCCGUAUCGUCGACGCCAGCAAGGCGGAGAAAGCGGCCCUUCCGCUCAACUUGCAGGGCUUACUCAUCAAUGAUGGUGUCUACAGCAGCUUCAUCGUAGGCGAGGAAGCGCCCACUGCCAACUUCAGCACCCAGUUCCAGUCCGUCCUCGGUUUCUCUGACUCGCAG